UGCAAGCAUUUCUAUGGGUUAUGUUCAGUCAGGGAUAGAUGUCUUCAUUUCUCCAAAUAACGGUUCAUCUCGCAAAUAAUGAAUACAUAAAAAAAAUUUAGAAGCUGUAUUGAAAAUGGUGUUAUAUGUCAUGAAUUUCAGCAGUUUAAAAUAACUGGUUUCUGCUUUGUUAGGCAAUCUCAUGUUUUGCAUGCCAUUGCCAGCUCAGAGGAGCAAGUAAAAAUUGUUAAAAACAUUUUUUUUAACUGUUCCUAUUUGAAGAUACAAAAGUGCGUUUAGUCAAGAUUGCAGAGCAAUCCAGUUCAAGUUGUUCAAAAGCACAGAAGUGUCUCUAAAGACUGGGGUCAUCCUGUCUCCUUCCACCUGCCCUGCUGAGCAGUCUUCUGUAUAUCAAAAUUUUUGUUUGAAGUAACUAUUCAGUGAGAUCUUUUUUAUAUUUUAUAUGUGGUUUGCAUUGCUAGAACUUUCUCCCUUGAGUUCCUUGUUCUGCUGAACAGAUAGCUAUGUGAAAGUUAGCAUUUGCACAUGUUUCUGUCAACAGUACUGAUCCAUAAAUCCCCUGUUUGAAGCCUUUUGAAGUACCUGGAUACACAGGUUUCUAGCUUGUGCCACACUCUGUGCCAUAAUAUUUACUGGCACCUGCUGAUAUUUGUACCCAAGCUCCUAAGGUAAAUUAAAUUAAUUUUUGAAGUAAUGCUGCUUUGCCCUUGCUGGAACUGAUAACUUCACUGUAUUGGUCAGAUAGGAAUGCUUUUCACAUCCCUUACAAAAACAGGCCAAUUAGCUGUCCUGUGGUAUCCAGGUUGUCUUUGCAACUAACAUCAGAGCCUGAUGAAGUAAGUUGUUCAGUUUCAGUCAAAUUCUCCCUUUUUAAAGGUAAGUUAUUUGUUUAAAUACUUGUUAAAAUAAACAGAACUAUUUAAAAAUAACUUAAAAAUAAGAGUUGCAUUGGAAUAAUUAAAAUAAUAUUUGCCAAUUAAAGGCAAGCAGAUUCAGAGGAAUAAUUGAAAUGUCAGCAUAUUAUGGGGAAGGAAUAUGCGGUCACUGGGUUGAGACAUUAAAUAUCUUAAUUAAUAUGGCUAACAAGUCAAUACAAUAAUGAUUAUUUUAAAACCUGUAUAUGACACAAAACCUUACCAAUGUAAAGUAGUCCUAACUUGCCAUGAUUACAUAAUUUUCAGGACUAAAAAAAUGUUCUCAAAAUACUUGACCAAGAGCAGAAUAUCAUAGAUACUCAGAACAACUACAGUAUUUGCUGGAACAAACGUAUAAUUGUUAAUAUAAUUAGAAAAUGAUGUUAACUAAAAACUGCCUAAUUACUCACUUACAGAAAUUAAACCCAGCACUUUGAGGACAUAGCCAAAAGGCUAGGGAAAGGUGGUUCAUUUGGCAGAGCUGCAGGACAGGUCGUAUGCCAGAAUUGCCCUGUGACUGGCCCGUUUCACAGCGGAACACAGCCAAGCACACCAGAGUAGAAAGUGUUCAAACUGGGCUGCAGGUUGGAUCAAAGAGUACAAAUGUGUUGGCUCAUCUUGCUCUAGUUUAGAUGUCAUCUGGAAGUCAUUCAGAUAGAUAACACAACCUUCAGAUACAAGAAAAUACGGUGACAAUUAAUUCAUCUACUUCACUACCUUUUUGAUAUGUAAUAUGUCAGAGCAAAGUCCACCAGAGUGAAAUAACGAAGAUGCAAUUUUGCUGCACUUCUACAUUUGAGAUAGUGUGUUGGAGCUGAUUUAUUCACCUGAACUUGAGUAGCAGGCAAAGUACAACUGUAGAGUAUGAGCUCAUACAUUUGUGUGCACUUGUUUCUUUGUCAAGCUUCACUGUAAGAGGUAAGGUAUCUUCCUGCUGUUUUCCUCAGUUGCUUUCUUAAUAACUUAUAAUACCAAUUUCUAUUCUAGAACAAAUUGAAUCUGUAAAUUAUUUCAAUGGACUCAGUAAAUGUGAGGGAAGAAAAAGGACUGACUUGCUCAGAAAUGCUAGAAGAAGGAAACAGCUAACCUGGAAGCUUUAGGUCUGAAUACAGAUUUCCUAAUGUUUUAUAAUGUUGGUGGGAUAGGUUUAGAUUUACAGUCAUUUCUAAUAAUUUUAAAAAUAAUAAUAGAAGCUUUCAGUGAAGGGGGUACAUGACAGUAGGAAAUGCAAACAUAACAGAACUUAAGUACUGUAGGGGAAACCAUGUGCAGAAUUUUUUUUUUUUUUUAAUAGUAUCUCAAUGUCAAAUAACCAACUUUGGAUGUAAUAGGAAAUUGUAUGUUAAUAGUAAAUCAGAAUUAUUACUGUAUUGCCGUAAGUAGAAUAAGCAAAUUCUGUUUUGCUGUUUUUCUGCCUGAUAAGUACAAAAACCAAUUCUCAAGCCUGACUUCUAUUACAGUGAUAUAUUUUGAACAUUUUUAAAAACGUGUUCAAUGCUUUUUCACUCUGGAAAACUGUUUUACUGGAUCUGCUGCUGAAUCUUUAGAUUCAUAAGGAGUGUGGCUUUAUUGCAGUGUAAACCACUGUGGAGAAAGGAGCUGGCCUGUGUAGGCUCUGUGCUGACACUGGCAGGAAAUAUGCUCUGACCAAAGAGCUGUUUGGUAGAGAUAUAUAUUCAGCCUUAAUCACAGAAUCCUAGAACCACAAGGUUGGAAAUGACCUAUAAGUCCAACCAUAUAUGAUGUAAAGGCUUUGGCUAAAUUUUAAGCAAAUUUGUCCUUGGAGAGCAUGGGAGAUGUUAUUCCGAUUCAGUUUGAGCUUUCACUGAUAUAGAAAUACUUCAUUCAGACUGGAAUGUGUUUAGGUGAGGACCCCAAUAACAGCCUGAGACUUCUUUCUGUAUUGGAUGAAGAGUUACUAAAGAAGUAACCCAAAAAAGAGGACAGAAUGAGGUUCAAAGCACUUUUGAUUCCAAAUAUUGAACCCCUGUGUGUCUUGAGAUUGAAGAAAAGUGGAAGAGUUCCUUUUUGUUUUGUUUAUUGAGCUUUUUUUCCAGAUCUGAUUUAAGCCUGUGAGUUAAGCCUGUGACCUGUUCUUUAUAGCUAUGGAUGGAAAUUCAUCCAAAAUCAAGUCCAGAAUUGCUGAAGUGAAUUCUUCAGUGUAUGGGAAUAUUCAUGGUACUAGAAAGGCAUGGGAUUGAGUGUUGUUUGAAAUUCAGAGAGUUGGAAGAGCUAGUGCUCCUGAUUGUGCCAAUUUGUCCAUCAGUGCCUCUGCUUCAAUACUAUUCACAUACAUGGGGAAUAAGCAAACUUCAGUUCUGAUAGAUGUAAGACGUCCUUCUAAGGUAUGUCAUUACAUUAUUUUCUGUUACGUUUGGUUACAGAUAAUUAGGUUGUUCUAGGUACAGUGUAAGUGAUACAACACAGGGCUCCAUGUCAGAACAACCACCAGCUGGAAGUACUGUGAAACAUCAGGAAAGGGAGAUACACUUGAAAGAUGGAAGAAGCCAUUUUUGACAGAGGCUCUCACUGAAACCAGGUGUUUCAAUACCUUUCUCCUAAAAGAGAGAGAACUGUACUAAAGGUCAUAAACGUUUCCAUUUUCAGUUGCAGUCUGUAUUAUAGCUGUGGACUGUUGCAGGAGGGCUGAUUCUGAAAAAAGAUGCUAUUGAAGAGUUCAGCGGGAUUUCUUCUGAUCUUCUUCUCCCAUUGCACUGUGCUGGUGACCACCAAAGAGGCAGUGAUCUUAGCUAAUGCCCACCUUCUGUCUCAAAGACAUUAUGACAGACUGGCUAACAUCAAUGAUAAAGACUAUCUAAGGGAUUGUUUUGAGAUUUUUCAGCACUCCAGAGGAAAUUCCAGAGAUGGUCUUUACAUCAUCCAACCAAAAGAAGACCCAAUUGUUGUCUCUUGUAACAUGCAGGAUGGUGGCUGGACAGUAAUCCAGCACAUUACAGCCAACAGUACUGUCGACUUUGAUAGAACGUGGCACGAUUACAAAUAUGGGUUUGGCUCUGUUCAUGACAACCACUGGUUAGGAAAUGAGUACAUGCAUCAAUUAACUGGCGGCUCUGUGCAAUAUGUACUUGGAGUUAAACUUGUAGACCUAAAUGCUGAAAUCAAAUGGGGACAGUACGAACCAUUCCGUAUUGAAGAUGAAGAAGCUCAAUACCGAAUCAGGGUUGGCCUAUACAAAGGCAAUGCUACUGAUGCUCUAACUCUGGACACAGAAGCUUACCUCCACGACAACCAGAAGUUCACCACCAAAGACAGAGACAAUGACAAUUACUUUCAGAAUUGUGCCAAACUAGAACACAAUGGUAUUCCUGGGGGAGGCUGGUGGUAUGAUGCAUGUGCUGGGGCAAAUCUAAACCGUAGGAACGUGAUAUACUGGCAAAAGGACUGCAACAAGAAGCAUUUAUGCAAGUUUUCAUGGAUGAUGGUCAAACCUGUUGAACACAGCCCACUGUAUGCAACUAACUGUUGUCCGUGUCAGAAGGAGGAAUUGUAGAUUUUCAGUUGCAGAAACUCAGGCAACAGAUAUUGGCGAAGUUCUGCUUUUUAAUUAAAAAAUGGGAUCUUGUCAUUGCCAUGAAAAUUAAUUUAGAGACAAAUAAACUGUACUGUGUUUAGAGAAGACCAAGACUGGCAUGAUUACUUGAGAAAUUAAUUGGAAAAUGGAGAAGUCAUGAAAGAAAAUUCUAUUUUUUACAUUGCACUGUAACACUUUCAGAAAAAGAUACAGGUAAGUUGUGCAGGUGAGGCCAAUAUAGUGUAUAUCCAUAUUUUGCAGCAGGUAAUGUUUUGCCUUCAAAUUGUGAUUAAAAAAAAGAAGUAUAAUAGAGCAAGAAGUGAAUGAAUUUAUGAACUGAAUUGUUGUAAUCAAGUCAAAUAAUGUGGAUUCUGCUGCAACUGCAUCAGGAAACCUCCAAAGGUUGUAAUGAAGAUACAAGGAAAUUGCUGUCUCCCAUAGCUUUUACCCAUCAAGUUCCCAUCUAGAUAGACAGAUUCUAACACUACUACCAAAAAACAGCACAAAUAAUCUUGACAUGGAAACAUCCAGCUGAAAGCCAGCAGGCUGUAUCUGAUCCUCAAAGGCAAAGAACCUGCUCUGCAGCUCGCUUAUCCUGCUUGGAGGGUUUUGGAGGAAAGGACCUGUGGAAUGUGCUCCAUGAACAGUUCAGGCAUCACCAGCCCAAAUCCAGCUGUCCACUCUCUAGUGUUGGCACUCUCUAGUGUAAACUGGAGUCCUACAGACCUCUGCUGACACUGAAUUCCAGUAUGGGAAUUAGAUUAGCAUAUAGUAAUAAAUGGUCUUAAUAGAUCUGCAGACAAAAACAUGACAAACGUUAAUAGUUCAAGCACUGACUUUAAUGGAAGUCAUGGAGUGUGGUAUGUUCCAUGCUUCUAAAUGAAGAAAGAAUGGAAACUACUCUAAGAGCUGGAUUGACGAUGAAAAUAAUUAGGAAUAUUCCAAUCCACUCAUCAACACUUCUUUCUUAGAGCUUUCAAAGAGAAGGACAUGUUGUUUUGGAGCUGAGGUUUGGAAGUACAUUUCAAAUGGAGAAGCCACUGAGUAUACAGAAAAUGGUAACUCCAGCUCGUCUGUUAUGAACAUCGGAGGAAAGUCAUUUGGUUUCCUAAUACCCAGGUGACUCCUUCAUGUUACUCCUAUCUCUAUAGAAAGUAAAGAAAAUUAAUCCCAGAGGUAAAUUACAUAAUUCAGUUGUUUGGUUUUUUUUUACUUUGUUUUCCUAAAGCAAAUAAUCCAGAGCGAGUAGAAGUGGCUAUGUCAGAGUAUAAUAUCACAGAGUAAUUUGAGGAAAGUGAUGGCCAAAUAUUCUUAUUCAAUAUGAAGAUUUUAGAAAUCCCAAACUGUGAAGGGCUGAUAGGAAACUGUUUCCUACUAAAGGUAAGGAACUGUUUUUACAAAAUUCUAUUCAAAAUACAGUCUAGUGACAGUCUGCAGGUAUUCAGUUCUGAGUUUCAAACUGAGUAUCUGAUUCCAUAAUAAUUGUGUUCUAAGAGAAAACACUAUCUUCCAGACUUGCAUCAGACUUUUUAAUUGUUAAAAUGACUUCUGACUUAGGUUUAAUAUACUUACCACCUCCCAGUGCCUUAUUUAUUCUUUCGGGUGUAUGACUGUCCUUAGGGAUGUUUGCAUUAAGAUGUAUUAGUUCAAUUAAUUUGACAUAGAUCGUGUGUGGAAUUUGACAAGGAGGCAGUGAUACAGAUUUCUCAAAAUGCUCUGUGUAGGAGAUAAAAUGAUCAGAAAUAACUCAUUAAAUAAUUAAAAGUAGAAAUUGGGACUUUUGUGAGGCUCGACUCCAAAACUGGAACAGAAUACAUAGGGGGAUAAGGAAGUACAAUUAAGGAUUUUUGCUUAAGUACAUCUCUGCAUCUCUGGAAUCCUCAAGUACAUAUAAACCAACGCAGUUCAUGCUAUGGGUACAACUGGGAUGAGGAACAAAACUCCACAUACAAAAAUACCUUUCAGCAAUUAACAGCAAUUGUUAAUUGAAGUGCAUAGAAUAAUUAUACAUUAGAACAAUUAUGAUUAGUAACUAAAUUGUAGAAUUAAGUUAAUGGAAAAAUAUUUUACAGGUUCUCGCUGUAUUCACUCUCUAUCUCUUCAUUUCAGCCUUCCCCAGUUCUGUGAACUCUUUCAAGUCUUUAUAAAGUAUAUUUAUGUAAAACGAAUGGGUUUCUGAGAUUCACGGGGAGACUUGCUUACAUAAAAAAGGAGAGACAAAAACAAUACCUCUGUUUCCUUUGUGGGAAAAUUCAAUAUUCAAAAAUAUUUAAAUGUGCAAGGUCUCUGAAAAGCUUAUUUGGGGAUGUAUGUUCAUACAACUAUAUUGAUAAUACAUAGAUAUAUAGACAAAUAUAUGUAUAUGCAUGUAUAAAUAAAGUGCAGUUUAAGAAAAAGUUCUUUUCAUAAGUCCACGACCAUAAUAAAUUAAAGGGUCAGUAAAAGGUUCAUUAAAAGAGAAAUACAGAUAAUGAGAUUGUUUUACAUUGCAGAAGCCCCACUACAUGUUUAAAGGAGCCUUUAUAGAGCUAGAAAACAAAAUAAAAUUAAGAAACUAAAUACUAACUCACA